UCCCUCCCGGCGUCAAAGAAAGAAGUUUGGACGCCCUGCGCGAGACGCACUCCUCCUCCUCCUCCUCCUCCUCCAUCAGGUUGCUCCAACUUUGAGCGAAGGUCACAACACGCGAGGGACGCGACAGUGAAAGCCUCCUCUUCCUCGUCCUCCUCCUCCUCCUCGUCGUCCCCGCCGUUCGGAUGCCGGCACGCUGUUAGGCGCUCACUACGUUUUCUCCGCUCCGACCGACCAAUGCUUCUGCAUCAGUUCGUGAACGGAGCCCUGGAAGUCAUGCAUCCCUCGCCGCUCCAGAAAGACACCACGUUCACCAAGAUCUUCGUCGGCGGGCUGCCGUACCACACGACCGACGCCUCGCUGAGGAAAUACUUCCGAGGCUCCGGGGAGAUUGACGAGGCGGUGGUGAUCACGGACCGGCAGACCGGUAAAUCCAGAGGAUACGGCUUUGUGACGAUGACGGACCGAGGAGCGGCCGAGCGAGCCUGCAAGGAUCCCAACCCCAUCAUCGACGGCAGGAAGGCCAACGUGAACCUGGCCUACCUGGGCGCCAAACCCCGCAGCAUACAGACCGGCAUAUCCAUCGGCGUGCAGCCCAUUCACCCGGCGCUCAUCCAGAGGCAGUAUGGGUUGGCCCAGCCGUACGUCUACCCGCAAGCCUACGUGCAGCCCAGCCUGGUGAUGCCCUCUCAGGUUUCCACCGCCGUCAGCAGCAGCCCGUACCUGGACUACGCCGCCGCCUACACCCAGUACGCCCAGGCGGCCUUUGAGCAGCAGUACCCGUACGCCGCCUCCCCGGCCGCGUUCCUCGGCUACAGCUACGCCACCAGCCCCACGGGCGCCAGCGGGCCGGCCGCCGCCGCCACGGCCCCACCCACCGUCCACCCGACCCUCGCCUCCGCCGCCGGCCCGGCCCAGGCCUUCCUACACUACGCCCCGCAGCAGCACAUCCAGCCGGACCGCAUGCAGUGAGCCUGCGGAGACGGGGCGGCGGUAUAAGUGGAGGAAGAAGGUGGGGUGGGGGUGUGGUAAUGGACGCAGACCUUUUUUGGACAGAGGAUGGCAGGAACGGGGUGACCCGGCUGUCAUCAUCAUCAUCAUCAUCGGCAGGCUUUCAGGAAAAGGGGCGGGUCUAUUGCACUAUAGGAACAGAAUGAGCCGUUUGCUCAUUGGUUUAAGGCUAAAAGGGUUGCGGAGGGUCUGAGGACUAAACGGCAUAAAACAUGUGGUCGCUUCCAGAGGCCCAACACUUCAUUUUUUUUUUAUUAUUAUAAUUAUUAUUUUUAUCGUCAUUUAUUAUUGUAUUAAUGUUACCGUCUAUUUGUCUCGUAUGCCUUUAUUGUCCAUGUUAACAUGUUUGUGGCUCCAUCAGACAUGUGUCCCCUGGUACAUAUCGAUGAGGGGAGAGCCGUCCUCCUUUUCCUCCCUGCGAAGGGCACUGCUGCUUUAAGACACUCGGGGAGCGCGCAGACGUCGGGUGCAGGUGGAGGACUGGCUGGUGGUCUUGAGGGAGGCACACAGCGAUCCGUGAUCUCAUCCCGGUGCCGUCCACAGCGAGGACCGUCUGCACCCGCCAACCACCCCCCCCCCCCCCCUCCCCCGAAAAAAAUCGCCGACACCACAGGAGGACAAAGAGAAACCUUUGCCUCCGGGACAAGACGGAAAGAGUUUCAGUGUAUAUACAAGACGCCGGGGGCUACAUUGUUUUGAGACGGUGAUGUCCGGACUACACAUUUUAAAAAAAUAUAUAUCUUAAUUCAAGAGGCCUUAAUAAAAGAGAAACUUCUUUUAGAAUCUCCAGAUUUGUUUUUCGCUCUCUCGUGCCCCCACACGCACACAGAACCGAGUGCUUAAAGCCCUUUGUAUUGUAACUGGCAUUUCAGCAGUCAGGCACAUUAAUCUGGCUUACUUGGGUCGUGAUAAUUUCAAACGGAUGUAGAUAAUCGCAUGCAGUAUGUGGGCGGUGGGGACCCGGGGAGCUGUGUAUCCUUGUUUAAAGGUAGCUGACGCCGAGCUCAGACACCAGUGUAUUUCUUUUUGUUUCUCACUGAGAUUGUUGCUCUCAAAGGACAUUCAUGUACAGCAAUUUAAAAUAUUUUCAGUCAUCAAGUACAUUUACAAUAUUUAUAUGUAGGUAUUUAUGAGGUACUAAGUUAAAAUAGCUUUAUUGUUUUUGUUACUAUGACCUAAAGGUACUGAUGUCAUUUAACCCGCAAAGGCAAACCUGCAGAUCCACAGGUGUCUCUUUUCUUUUUCUUUGCUCUUUUCAGUCUCCGUGUCUGUGGAUUUCACCUCGUGCACAACGACUACAGUCGAUGCUCAUUUGUAGACCCUUGUCUAAAUCGCAUCAGAAAUUCUCUAGAUUUUUUUCUUUUUUCCAUUAAAGAUGUCUUUUACAGUCCCUUUAAUAAAAAAUAAAAAAGCCAUACCAAAAAAAAAAAAUAGAAAUAAAGACUUUGUACUUUAAA